UUUGAUGUUGUUUAUUUUUCUGUUUGUGUUUUGGUUGAUUUGACUAAAAUUUAUCAUUAAACACAGCUGGUUUAAUAUUGAUAUGAACACGCAGAAUUAUUAGAAGCAUGUAUUACAGUUUAUAAUUUGGCAUUCAUUUUUGUAGCUAUUUUUUUCGUUUUACUUCAGAUAUAUGCCUAAUUCAAAGGUGAUGCGUUUGGGAGAAAGUUCUGCAGUUCCCUCAAAAGCUUCAGAUCAGAUAGGUGAAUGCAAUGAUUGGUUGCACACGAGUGUAAAAGCUAAGACUGAACAGUCCAUGAAAUUGGUUCAUAUUUUGUGUGAAUGGCCAAGGAUGGAUCUUCCCAUAACCAAGGGAACAGGAAAUAUACUAGGCUACAAUAUAGCAUCACUGUUUGAAAAAAAUGUCAAAACAAAGCUGAAGGAAAUGUUGGAAUUAGAAGAGGGUGAUAAGAGGUGUUAUGAACCGCAUUGGAGACAUCUACGUUGGAUUGACCGGAAUGACUUGACAGACCAUAAUGUGAUGAAUAACAAUGUUUGCUCUGUAGUAUAUAAUGCAUUUCAUAUGACUAGUCUUGCAUAUUUUGUACCCGGUAAUUGCUCUAUGCAAGUUAUGUAA